CUUUCGUUCCUGUCUGUGCACACUCUCUCUGUCCGAUGCAUCAUGGAUCAUGGCCAUUGCUGUACGCACCCCGUGCCCACCACCAACAUCGUCACUCCUUCCCAACGAACCGCCCCUGUGUCGCCCUUUGGUGCUUGCUCUUUCGUCUCUGCUGAAGACGUGUAGCUGACUCCUUCCAGAUCGCCAUAUCGGGUAACGUUUCGCCGUCAUAUAUCCAUAUCACGCUCGCGGACAACACGGCCGACAACACAUCUCCAACAUCGGCACCAUCCAAUCCAACCGACUGCUAGAUUUUACUCGGUUAGCCAGUAGGCUUCAUCCACCAUCCCAGCCCUUCCUCUCGUCUACUUGACCCUUGCCACCACCCACUCUCACUUUCGACAUGGCGUCCCUCAUCGACCAUGAGCGGAACAAGGCCGGCCUGCACCUUACCACGACCCGCCUCGAGCCAAAGACUUCCCGAGAUACCCUACUCUCCGACGGCCUCUCUCCCAUGGUCGAAAAGAACAUGACACUAUCACGCCCAUCAGACGUCUCUACUCCCAACAGCGCUCGUGCCAAUCCCUUCGAGACGGACAUCGAAGCCAUGGUCACCAAUGAACCCUGCAUCACGAAGACUACAACGGCAAAGGGGGGCACAACAGAUUGCCAGGUUUGGCCCGGCCAAGACCACUGGAAGCAAAAGGCGAAGGAUGCUAAGAUGAACCGUCAUACCUGCAACUGUCUGGCACAAAUGAGCAAACGCAACCGCAUUAUCGUCAAGGUCAUGAUUGGCUUGCUCGUUAUUGGUGCUGCUGUUGGUGUGGGCUUUGGCGUCAGCAAGCCGCUCGGUGCCGGGAUCUGGAAGAGCGAGAGCCAGAACUCAAGAUAACUGGGCCAUCCCUGGGACACCUUCAUUUGAUGGAUAUCCUUUGUCAGGUGACACGCCCUGUGGCCGGGUGUAAAAACUUCGCCAUGGGUUGGUGCCGCCUUCUCGUCGAACAAUUUUGUUGGGUCCGGCCAAUUGCCCAACAUGCGCAUCAUGAGGA